ACUGCAAUAAGUUAUGUAGGAUAAAUAAUUUCUAAAUAAGUAAUGUAGAUUAAUUACAGCCAUACCCUUUCAUGUAUAUGUUUCAUUUACAGAAAGAUUUUGACAUGGCUGUUUAUUAUUUUGUGGAUCUGGUUUUCGAGAACUGUGCUAACGAAUGUUCUCAGGGUCACGUCCGGAACGCAAAUGAACACUUUCAGGGUUUGCUCCCGCACGGACACAUAUACAGUUCAUUACAUUACGGCGAUGGCAGCUUUGAGGACGGCACUUCAUGGACGGUUCAUUCAAGCAUUCCCCUUCUCCUUGGGGUCGUUGCGGUUUGCCAGCUCAUUUAAGGCCGCGGACCUGACAGUCGAACGCAGCGUCGCGGGGAAGCCCAAGCCGGACCCCGCCACCCUGGUGUUCGGCAAGCAGUUCUCAGACCACAUGCUGACUAUCUAUUGGUCAGAAAAAGAGGGCUGGGAGGUGCCCCAGGUCAAACCCUUCCAGAACCUGUCCCUGCACCCAGCCACGUCAGCCCUGCACUAUUCCAUAGAGCUGUUCGAGGGCAUGAAGGCGUUCCGAGGGGUCGACAACCACAUCCGUCUGUUCAGACCCGACCUUAACAUGGAGAGGAUGCACCGCAGCGCCGUCCGGAGCUGCCUACCGUUGUUUGAUAAGGUGGAGCUCUUGGAGUGCAUUCGGAAGCUGGUGGAGGUGGACCAGGAGUGGGUACCCUACUCCCUUGACGCCAGCCUGUACAUCCGGCCUACCUUCAUCGGGAUAGAGCCUUCCCUGGGGGUGUCAAGGGCUGCCCAUGCCCUGCUCUUCUGCAUCCUGAGUCCUGUGGGGCCCUACUUUACCACAGGGGCCUUCAGCCCGGUGUCUCUGCUGGCAGACCCGAGCUACAUCAGAGCCUGGAGGGGGGGGGUUGGAGCCUACAAGAUGGGGGGGAAUUACGGACCUACGAUAGCGGUUCAGACCGAGGCAGUGCGGCAGGGCUGUCAGCAGGUUCUGUGGCUGUAUGGAGAGCAGGAAGAGAUCACCGAGGUCGGAACCAUGAACCUCUUCAUCUACUGGACUAAUGAGGGAGGAGAGAAAGAGUUGCUGACUCCUCCUCUCGAUGGCAUCAUCCUCCCAGGAGUCACCAGACAGUCUCUCCUGGACCUGGCCAGGGAGUGGGGUGAGUUCAAAGUGACGGAGCGAACCAUGGGCAUGAAGGAGCUGUUAGGUGCUCUGAACUCUGGGAAGAUUAUAGAGGUUUUUGGCGCCGGGACGGCCUGUGUUGUCUGUCCUGUCGGCAGUCUUCUUUACAAAGGAAAGACCUAUCAAAUUCCUACCAUGCAGAAUGGGCCAGACCUGGCCAAGCGAUUCCACAAAGAUCUGACAGAUAUUCAGUAUGGACGAAAACCGAGUGAAUGGGCCCCGCUGGCAGUGUGACUGGCUACUUGCACACGCCAGUCACAUCCCGACUAGUCCCCUGCUCCGCCUUCCAGACCAGCAGCUUCACCACAACCAUUAAUGCACUCCUCUUUUGUGUUUCUGUGUACUUUCAAAGGGAUACGUCAUUCUCGUAUUACAAACGGUUGCACGAAAUACCGACAGUUAGACAAUAGCGCACACGCAGUGCUGUGAACUGGCCGCAGCUUUGGCUCUACGAGCACGGUUUAGUUUGCGUACUUCUGUAUCAGAAACGGUUAUCUACUUGUUAGUCUCUCUUCCUCUAUCUGUUAUCGUCAUGCAGCGCGUUAGGGAAGAGGGUAGUCCUCUUCGCUUUUUAAUAGCACAAACACUAAACGACGUGCCCUGUAGUGUGGUCCACGUGAACGGGCAUUGACUGUAAUGUUGUAGCAGCUGAAAUGUGCAAUACAAGCAGCUGUUGUUGGUGUUGUAGGACAUUAGAAGUGACUUGUGUUUUACAGCAUAUUUCACAACCUUACUGUUACGUGACUGUAAGAACAAUUUCCAUCAAAAUAGUGUCAUGCAUUAUAACCCGAGGUACCAGAAUAAUUAACUUUUUUAAAAUAAAUAUCUAUGUAUAGAUUCUGGAAUAUGAAUGAUUAUACGUACUGUAUUGAUAUCUGUGCUGCUUUUUAACAGUUGCUUAAAAAUAGUUUAUACUGACCAUAGUCCGGUUUGAGUCAAGUGCAUAUGUUUCAAUGUUUUUGACCCAACCCCGACUAACUCAGAAGUCUUUCCAGGAUAGGUUGUUCAUUGAUUACUUUGAUUAGCACCUGAUGGCUGCUCUUAAGGGGGGCAAUUAUAUUUGAGUUAAGUCAAGAUUAAAAUGAAUUGCUGUUUUAUUAUUUGGAGCUUAUUUGAUCAAACAGAUCUUUUGUAUUCCCUAGAUUGUGUCAAUAGGUGUUGUGCCCAUGAAAUACAGAGGACAUCAGGACAACAUCUCUAUUGGCUUUAUUUCCCCCUGUGGAAAUGCAUAUUCUAUCCACAUUUCUGAGGCUAGCAUAGCAUCUCACACUCCAUUGAAUGCACGGUUGAUGUCAACCUUGGCUAUAGGAAGAGUACCAUUUAAUAUAAACUUUAUCCACCAAUCCAAAGAGAACAAUAGGUGUUCUGGUCUGGACAGCAAAUCCCAUUGUUAGGGGCAGAAAUAUUGAUCUGGUUGUUAUAUCCAAUAUCUCUGGUGUGUCUGACGGUUAAAAAGAAAGUCAAGUUAUCGGUUUUGGUAUUUGUCUCUUGUUUGGAAAAUAUAGUAUUGUCAAAAACAUUGAGAUUAAAAUGGUGGGGUCAAAGGGAACUCGAGCACACGCACAACGGCUGAGUUACAUGAGACUAUACUGUAAACCAUGUGGAUGGGGGGGCAACAGUCCUUAAGGGGGGUAGUGAUGUCACAUUUCUCCCAGGCUGUUACAAACAUAAACUGUUCUUUUCUAAAAUGUCACCAAUCAGUUCUCCAAGGACUGCUGUCGCCCAACCCUGCUUCAGACUUGAGUAUGAGACCACUUUCAGUGUGCUAAGACUGUCUGUAAUCCAUGUAAGCUUCUAACAAUGAGUUCUUUUAAAGUUUGGUAAAUUGUUGUUUUUCUCAUGUGUGACAUUGGAACGGUCUAAUACAGUGUUUCUCAACCCUGCUCCGGGACGCCCCCUGCCCUGCAUGUUUUAGAUCUCUCCCUGCCCUAACACACCUGAUGUAGCUCAUGAAGGACUUGACAAUGAGCUGAAUCAUUUGAAUCAGGCGUGACAGAGCAGGGAGAGACCUAGAACAUGCAGCGCAGGGUCAGGGUUGAGAAACACUCCCCUAAUAUUUCCUGCUUCACGUCCUCCUCUCUUUUCUUUUAACAUAUUUCACUUUCAAAUGACUCCCAGUUCUUUGUCUGCUUAUCCUCUCCUUAAGUGCCUUACUGAGUGUACCUCCGUCCUGGAUCUGUCUAACCUGAGUCCUUACAGUGGUUGCAAUAGGCCACACGCUAUCCUGUUGGGAUAUUUCUGUUGUGGGACAAUGUUUACUCUAUUUUGGUGUAUGUUUCAUUUCAAUAAACUCAUGUUCCUUUAA